GCAAGUUGUUCAAACCCGGGGGCUGAAGCAAUUAUUACCAACCAAGCAAUUAAAUCCACUAGAUAAUACUUGUAGACCAUAUAUACCCAAAGUCAAUGGUCUUCAGUCAACCUUCAUACGACGUCGACCACCCAUAUUAUUAAUACCACCCACCAAACUAUUCCACAACAGUUCUCCAACAACCACCGUUACACCGCCGGCACACCGCCGCCAUGCCAAUCCCACACCCCCUCUUCAUAACAUUCCUCCUAUUCUUAACUUCUCAAACCUCGUACGCCCAAAUCCAAAACCAAACCACUUCAACUUCAACCUCGGAGUUCCCAUGGACACCGUCGGAAAACAGAUUCCUCGUAUCAAACAACUCCGUCUUCUCCGCCGGCUUCCUCCCAUCACCCAACUCCCGCAACCACUUCAUCUUCUCCAUAUUCUACAAUAACAUGUCCGAAACAACAACAAUUUGGUCAGUCAACGAUGACUCACCGGUCAACACAUCAUCCUCACUAUCAAUCACCGGUUCCGGCGAACUUCGUCUCGCCGGAAUCCAAAUUCCGGGAACUCCGACGUUAUCCGGCAACGCUACUCGUGUUCUUCGACUCACCGAUAACGGAAAUCUGGUGUUUGGAAACUGGAAUAGCUUUAGCCACCCUACAAAUACAAUUCUUCCGAAUCAAAAUAUUAACGGAACAACUCUAUCUGUUAAAAACGGAACUUUCCAGUUUACCGGAAAAGAUUUAGUUUUUACCGGAAGUUAUGAACAAGCAACUUAUUAUCAAAGUGGCAACGCGUUUCAAACGUUAGAUGAUAACGGGAUGAUGCAAUUAUCAAACGACGCUACGUUUAUUGUAUCUGAUUACGGUGAUCAAUCGUUGAGAAGACUGAAGCUGGAUGAAGAUGGGAAUUUAAGGAUUUAUGGGUUCGAUUCGGGUUCGGGUCAAUGGAGUGUUGUUUGGCAAGCUUUGCCGGAGUUGUGUAGAGUUAAGGGGACUUGUGGACCGAAUUCGAUAUGUAUGUAUGGGGAUACUUAUGAUACGACGGUCUGCCGUUGUCCGCCGGGGUUCGAGCGAAACUCCGGUGGGGAAGGAUGCCGGAGGAAAGUUACAAUUGGGAGAGAUAGUAAGUUUUUGCAGUUGGAUUAUGUGAAUUUUAGUGGCGGGUCGGAUCCGGGGAGCCAAACGAAUAUCGACGCGUGGAACUUUACGAUAUGUCAGAGCGGGUGCUUGAAUGACCCGGAGUGUGUCGGGUUCGGGUACAAGUAUGACGGGCAACGGUAUUGUGUUCUUGUGAGAAAGUUGUAUUACGGGUUGUGGUCUCCGGCGACAGAAGCGACUUUUUUUCUUCGGGUUGAUAAGUCGGAAAGAGAUACGACGAACUUUACGGGCUUGACGAGCAUUCUUGAGACGACAUGCCCGGUUCAAGUUAGUCUUCCUUUCCCACCGGAAGAGUCAUCGUCAACGGCCCGAAAUAUCGCGAUUAUAUCGACUCUAUUUGCGGCAGAGUUGAUUAGUGGUGUGGCAUUCUUUUGGGUUUUCCUUAAGAAAUAUGUGAAAUAUCGAGACAUGGCUCGGACGUUCGGGCUUGAGUUUUUGCCUGCUGGUGGGCCGAAGCGGUUUACCUACGCAGAGCUUAAAGCGGCUACAAAUGAUUUCUCAAGUGUUGUUGGGAAGGGAGGGUUUGGUGAUGUGUAUAAAGGUGUGUUGACCGAUCACCGGAUUGUCGCGGUUAAAUGUUUGAAAAAUGUUACGAGUGGGGAUAAUGAGUUCUGGGCCGAGGUCACGAUUAUUGCUCGAAUGCACCAUCUCAAUUUAGUCAGAUUGUGGGGAUUUUGUGCUGAGAAGGGUCAGAGAAUAUUGGUUUACGAGUACGUGCCAAACGGAUCGCUAGACAAGUUCUUGUUCCAUUCGAAUAAAUUCGAAUAUUCAGAUGGAGAUUAUGUAGAUGAAGAUGUUGACGAAAGCAGGUUGUUGGAUCGAAAGCCCGUGCUUGAUUGGGGGAUUAGGUACCGUAUCGCUUUAGGGAUAGCAAGGGCAAUUGCAUAUUUGCACGAGGAGUGCCUAGAAUGGGUGCUCCACUGUGACAUCAAACCUGAGAACAUACUUAUCGGGGCUGAUUUUUGCCCCAAGUUAUCAGACUUCGGAUUGUCAAAACUUAGAAAGAAAGAAGACAUGGUUAGCUACUCAAAGAUGUGUGGAACUCGUGGGUACAUGGCACCCGAAUGGCUAAAGAGUGAUCAAAUUACACCAAAAGCAGACGUUUACAGUUUUGGAAUGGUAUUGUUAGAGAUUGUUACUGGGGUCCGCAACUGUAACAUCCAGGGUUCGAAAAUGGAUAGUGAAGAUUGGUACUUCCCUCGAUGGGCGUUUGACAAGGUGUAUGGUGAAAUGGAUAUCGAGGAUAUUUUGGACAAGGAGAUUAGGAGAUCGUAUGAUAGUCGUGUCCAUGAGGACAUGAUCACACGGAUGGUGAAGACCGCCAUAUGGUGUCUGCAAGAUCGGCCUGAGAUGAGACCGUCGAUGGGGAAGGUGGCCAAGAUGAUCGAAGGAACUGUGGAAAUCAUGGAACCCAAGAAACCUACUAUAUUUUUCUUGGGUGACUAGUAAGUAGUAAAUGGUUAUGUUUUUAGGAGUACAAAAGUGUGACGCUCCCUAGUUAAAUUCCUUUUGUUUUAAUAAAAGAAAUAAAUCAAUGUUCAAUGUCUGUUUUGUAUAUUUACCCAUUGUAUGAAAAAUGUUAAUGGUAGAUAUAGGGUUAUUUGUUUAACUCUUAACAGAGCUUUCAA